AAGUUAAAAUAACAAUGACGACAGAAUUGUGAUGUGGUAUAUACACCAAACUAUAGGGACAAACACAUAUAUACAGAUAUACAUACACAUUAGAAGUCAUUUACUGGGGUUGCCCCCCGUUGUCAAGGAGAGGAGCUUGGUCGGAGUUGGAGUGGUCGGUACUCACGGAUUCCCUCUCUCUCUCCUCCACCUCAACACUCGCCGAAACAGUCUCCAAAUGAAGGGUAGGUCCCUCCUCGUUAACCUCAGUCACCCCAGCCUCAGACUGCGUCUGUAUCUUGAAGGGAUCGUUCUCGGAGUAUGUCGGGAGUUCGUUCUCCCCUCCCUCGCCGUCUUCCCCGAGGACAGAGUACGGAGGGGGCGCGAGGAGUUGGACUUCUCUUCGUCGGUUCUCUUCUUGUCUCCUCCGGUGGUAGGUGGCCAUGAGGCUCCUUAUCUUCCUACUGUGGUAGUAGUGACACACACAGUACGCCACUACCACGGCAACUAUGAUGAGAAUAACAAUCGGCACGCCGACACUGAUGCCAAUUAUCAAUCUGCAACACAAAGUUUGAUGUAA